CUUAUAGAUAUCACGCCGCAUUAUUAUUUCUAGAAAUUUCGGGAAAAAUACAAACAAAAAUACAAUUUGGGACAUAAUAUGCCGUGCGGUAACUCUUAGAAACAAUGGCAGAGAAGUUAAAGGAACAGGCUGACAAUCAGCUGGUACCAGUCAGUUACGGACCUAGUAAAGCAGUGGUCCCUUUGAAAGAGGUUCGGUCUGAUGCAGAAGUUAGGCAUGGAAUUGUUCAUUUCUCCACGCACAUUGCUCCACUACGUUUGCACACGAACCUGAACAUUCCACCGUCAAACUGGUUGAGAAGCUCUUCAAAAUUAGAGCAGCAUGUACAUGAUCUUACUUGGCGUAGUUCUCGGAAACCAUCUGAGUUUUCCAGUAUUGAUAUGGCACAUAAGUCACCUGACCUUACUGGAGAAGUAGAUGUUAUAACUCAUGCUGAUAAUAUCAAGAAGCUGUUAAAAAUUCCCUUUGAGAACUCACACAUAAGCAUGAUGGUUCACAGAGUGGGGAAGUCCUUGCUACUGGACGAGUUUGACAUACAUAAACAUUUACUCCGGAAGGAACAGACUGAAUGGGCAUGGUUAAGACGAUUUUAUUAUGAAUCUGUACUUGACAGUAUGAAGUGUGUGCCAAGACAGAGCAAGAGUAGGGAUAAUCUGCAGAAUAGAAAUAUGUACUCCAAGUUCCUCUAUCACAGUCUGUGUGAAUCAGCUGAAAGUGGCGUCUGUAUGAUAAAUCAUGGUCUACUUCCCAAAGAAGACAAGACAGUUAUACCAGAUCCUUUACCAAAGCCAGUCGGAAGUCAAACCCAUCGUGAUGUACUGUGGACAUUUGAAGAUAUUAAGAUGCUGAUUGGGACAGAUUUACCUGUGUUUUGUGAUGACAGCUACUGUGUUAGUCUAAGGCUAAGUGAUAUGAGGACUCCUGUGAAUGUGUUAACGGGCUUGGACUACUGGUUAGAUAACUUGAUGUGUAAUGUUCCUGAAGUUGCUAUGUGUUUCCAUGUGAAUGGAAUUGUUCAGAAAUACGAAAUCGUGAAAACUGAAGACAUUCCCCACUUGGAAAAUUCGAGAUUCGACCCUUGCGUUGUGACUGAUAUCGCCACAAAUAUAUUGUCAUUCUUGAAAAAUAAUGCUACAAAAGAGGGCCAUACAUACUGGUUGUACAAAGGUACAAAUGAUGAUGUUGUAAAGCUGUAUGACCUGACUACAGUCUGUAGUGAUAUGGAAAACACAUCUGAACAGAACCCAUUCAUAGUACCUCUAGGCAUGCUCUUGUACAGAGUGGCUAGGAAUAUGUGGACAAACGAUAAACUUGUUAAAGCCUCACUUAUCAGAACUCUACUUGAGAAUUGCCUUUGUCUUCUUGAUGAAAAGAAGCAUUCUCAGGUUUGUACAUCAGCCAGUUACCUCCUGUCAGACAUUUACGUUCCUGAUAAGUCGCUAGAAGAUGAUUGGUCGUUACCCGGCGAGUCUCCUGAAGAGAGCACUGAUGAGGAAUCAGGGCAGGAAACAGAGGAGAAUAAGAUGUCCAAUUCUGUUGAUGUGAAAGCUUUGUCAAAGACUGGCAGCAUGUCAAGGUCAAAUGAACUUGUUAGGCUGAAACCUUUCAAUGAAACUGUUGAUGAGAGGUGUGUUGAAGCUGUGAAGUGCAUUUACAGGGCUCUGGUAUGUUUAGAAUAUGACUUAAAAGUAGGACAACAUAAAAAAUCCCGUAUUGUAGAGGAACAAGCAAAAUGCGACUCAGAUACAGCCAUUCCACUGCAUUAUGAGCCAUUAAAAAGAAAGACAGCAACUUUACCUCCUGACCCCUCAGAUGCAGAAAAGUCAAGGUCAGAUGACUUACAAAUGACCUCCUUUAACAAGGAGGCAGAAGGUCAACAGAAAGGUCAAACAUGGCAUCAGCUGUCGAAGGGAUUAUUGUUUAGAAAGGCUGCAGUGACAUUUUCUGCAAUGACGAGAGGCUGUAUGAAUAAAGGAGAGUGUGUAAAAUCUGUCAAAUACUUGAAGCUGGCAAUGGUGUGCUUAAAUGCAAUGAAAGCUGUUAUACCUCAUAAAGCUGGAGAGAACGAUGCCCUUCUUUCAAACUUGUUGGGUUUGUGUGGUGACAUUCAACUGGUUCUCACAAAAUCUCAGCUGUCUGAAAUAGACUGGGAUACAUUAUGGAAAACAUCCCCUGUAGAAGAAAAUGGUAUUCUGGAAAUGGCUGAAAAGGAAUUCGAAUCUUUUGAGUAUGAGGAAAUGUUUAAGCUGGAGAGUUUGUUGGAUAGCUUGACUUUGUGCAUUGAUUGCUAUAAAAGGGCCAUAGAUCUUAUCUCAAAGAAGAGGGGACAUGUAUAUAUACCCCUGUGCAAGAGGAAGGGAAAUGCUCUCAAUGAAUUAGGGGUUUAUUACAUGCAGAGUGCCCAGAAAUUGUUGGAAACUGAAGUGGCUGGAGACAAACCAUCACAGGAAAUGAUGACUCAUUGGAUGAAAGGUCGUCAAGCAUUCUCUCAGGGAAUAGAAGUGUUUGAGGAGAUAGAAGAUAUAGCAAACCAGGCAUUACUUCAUUGUAACUAUGGACGUCUGAUGAGACUCUGUGCAACAACGUAUACUCAGAUAGCGUUAAAAAGUGAGAAACAGGAAUUUACUCCGAAAGAAAGACAUUACUUCCAGAUGGCUAUAGAUGAGUACAAGAAAGCUCUUUCCCUUGGAAGUCACGGUUUCAGGAAUAUAGUGGAGUCAGUGAGAUGGGAACUGUCUACUACAUACUUCAAUAUGGCGUCCUUGCUGCAGGACUACGCUCCAUUGUCGUCAGCAAACAAAGAAGAGAUUGAGAAUGAAGUAACCAACCUAAUGGACUGCUCCCUGAAAUACUGCCGGGAAGAUUCUUCCUUCGCCAGUCAGCCGAUGUAUCAGUUUCGAAUAGCAUGUAUCAAUCACAGACUGGCAUCUCUUUUCCAUAAUACCAUCAGGGGAAACUGUUCUGAGCAGAAAAAGAGACAUUUACGACAGUUGUCUGAAAAGCAUUACAUACAAGCUCUUAAGUUAUAUCAGCAGAUGGAAUGCCAUAUGGAAUUCCUUAGGGCACAGUUGGAAUAUAUAGCUUUACUUGAACGGGGCCUCACAGGUCAGGCUAAUUCAAGAAAUUUGAAAAUUCUUCAACAGAUGUUACAGUGUUUGGCAAACUGUCAGGAACCUUUGAGAGGUUUGGUUAUUCAGCUUUCUGAUACAGACGGACAAACUAAACAUCAGCAGGAAGGGGAGACUAUCUCAGAUAUUAUUGAGGAACGUUUACAGUUUGUUCUUCAGCAGCUUGUUAAAGUACAAACACAUUUACACACAAAGAAAAGUGCUAGCAAGCAGAAAUCCUCUACAUUAACAGAAGUGAAAGCACUGUAUGCUAAAAGUUUAAAUAGUGAUUCCUCAGAAGCAGUGGCUUGUAAACUGCAGAGUAAAUGCUCUUUCUUGGAGACAUUAUUGGAACAAAUUUCUAAUUUCUGUCACAAAAAAGGGGCUCAUCAAGAAGCUGAAGUUACUUGAUAAAUUGAUUGCUGUUUUUUUAGACAAUUACCUGUUGUUUAUAUGCAUUUUAGUAUAAAAGUUCUAUGGUAUAAUGCUAGACCUGUUUUGAAAAGCUGUGAGAGUGAGAUGUCCUGGACAAAUUCCAUGCUGUUAAAGGGAAGCUUUUAUCAAAUUCCCAAGGUUUGGGCGCACAAAGCAAACUGAAGUACUCUGUUCAGUUAAUUCUGUGUUUGAUAUUGUUAGUCUUGAUAUUACCAGAAAACAUAAGCUAUUUGAUGCAGCCGUAUUAUUGUAAAUAAUUAAGGAUGUGAAAUCUGGGGUUUCUAUAAUGGUUGAGAUACAUGUAUGUGUCUAUUCAAAAUCUGGUUGUGCGGAGAAUAUUUCCUCUACAGAUAAGAAUGAAUAAAUACUGGAUAAGAGUUUUGAAAACUCCUAGUGGAUGUUUAAAUUAUAAAAAACAGAUAAUUGUUGAUAUUCCAUCAAACCUUAAUAUUUGAGUUUUAAGAGAUUAUCAUUUGCAUAGUAAUUUUGUUAGUAAUUGCCAAAUUUAUAUUCAAUGUAUGUCAAAUUCAGAAUCAAAAUGUACAGCAAGUGUUUGACGAUUUAAGUAUUUGUUGUAAGCAUUAACGCUUUCAUGUAUACAUAAAAUAUGUCUUGAACACAUUUAAGAAUAUCAUGUAUACAGUAAGAAUUUCUUGAAAACACCAAGUAUUUCUUGUAAAUACAAGUCUUAUGAAGAAUUUACAAAAGACUUAAGUUUAAAAAUGUUACAAAUGUGAAACCUAGAAAU